GAAAAAUGCCGACUGAUCAUGAUUAUCAUCACCGUACUCACUCCUAAUGGCCCCCGAAAUUCGUGAGUGGUGCACACAAGUACAAUCAGUAAUUCUCUUGAUAAAAUUAUUUUAAUUUGUACAGUUGAUGGAUGAAAUAUUUUUAUUAUUAUUAUCUAAUACCUGUACUAUCAAUUAUCAAUCAUGGGCUCCAUUGGAGAAGUUGCAGCGUGGCCAGUGACCAACCUACCCCUGUAUAAUACUACUAAAACCAUCAAAACACCAACCUAUGGCAACGCUAUCACAGAAUCAUCAGUACCUGCAGUAUCAUCCGUCCACAGUCUCCUUCAACGCUUUGCGCAAUUUGUUCACGCCAUUACCGCAAGUCACGAGUUGGCAUUCAUCGCAGAUACUGGAUGUCAAUUAUCUCGAGUUUAUGCUACUUCCAGUAGAGGUUCGCAUCAAGACAGUGCAUGGGGCCUACACCAAGAGCUGGUAAAAGAUAAUGCUCAGCUCGAUGUUGGCGGCUUGGAUUUUGGUAUUCAUUACCAGAUUGUCGACAAACGUACCUCUACCACCACCAAUGGACAGGAUACAACCACGACUGCCAAACUCCUCAAGUUGCUUCAGCCUCUCGUUCUGUCACUCCAGCUAUUCCCGGAAGAGAAGACGGCAAAUGUGACACUCUAUCUCCGUAAAGACUACGGUCCAAAAGCAGCAGCGAGACAUCUGCUAAAUCUCGCCAUCGCAUAUAUCAGCCCGGAGGUCGAUGUAGGAAAGACCGAGAAAUCUCAGAUUGUCACGGACUUCCCCCCAAUACAGACGUCCGAUGCGAACUUUCCAAAGUUUCUACAUUCCAUCUUGGAAGAGAAAGCAUACUUGUAUCCUCACAAUAUCGCCAUCGACGAAGUGACAGGUAGAUCGGCAUCUUUAUCAUCAUCCUUUGAGCGACGCACUUUGACAUAUAGCGAGCUCAACGACAAGGUCUCGCUCUUUGCUAAUCAAAUUGAACAAGUGUUGCAAAACCUGGAUUGGCCAGAUUUUCAAGUCACCCACCAGAAGAUGAUCCCAGUUUUCCUCCCCAACAGUACAGAGCUCAACAUUUGCAUAAAUGCUAUUUCAAAAGCGGGUCACAGCUUCUGCGUCCUUCCGACUGAUGCACCAGAGGAUAGACUGCAAACCCUACUCAGCGAUCUCAACUGUAAUGGUAUUCUUGGUAUUGGUAGCAAGCCCUGGGCAAGAACCAAGUUUGGACAAAGCAUCAUUUGGAUUGACCUUUUGAAUCCAUUUGCCUGCUUAGAAGGACGCUCAUUGCCUUCGAGGAGCACCAUGACUCCAAUCCGACGCCAGAUCAGCCAGGAUGAUCCAGCAUAUAUCGUCUACACGAGUGGGUCAACCGGAACUCCCAAAGGUGUAAUUAUGCAACAUCGCAAUGCAAUGGCAUUUCUGCAAUCCUUAGACAUGAGCCCAGUCAAGCUACCAACGGGUCCACGCUUACGCUGGAUGAUCAUGUCGGCACCAACAUUCGACAUCAUGUUGAUGGAUAAUUUCAUGCCUCUCCUCAAAGGCGGCACGGUUUGUAUUGCAGCGCGCCAUCUCUUGCUUACCAAUCCCGAGAGUAUUAUGAACGAACUACAAGCCACUGCCACCUUCACCGUAACCAGUCUCGCAAUGCUACUGCGACCUGAGAGGCUUCCCACUCUGGAUACUCUCUUCGCGGGAGGCGAGCCGGUUGGCCAACGUAUCCUGGACAAUUUUGCGGAGAAGCCAGGUGAGAAAGAGCCCCGUCGCAGGUUUAUAGAUGGAUAUGGACCAACAGAAGGAACAGUAUUCGCCACACAUCACAUCUGUGAUACUGAUUCACGGCCAUCUGUCAUCGGCGUUCCAUUUCCGGGUACACGAAUUGUUGUCCUCGAUGAAAAUCAAUCUACCAAUAGUGGUCAUUUUGUCAUUGCACCACUUGGUGUAGCUGGCGAACUAGCCAUCAGCGGUCCUCAGCUGUCACCUGGGUAUCUGAAUAGACCCCAAGAGACCGCGCAGGCCUUUUUUCAAUCCACAGGGUUCGAGCGUUGGUACAAGACCGGUGAUCGCGUACGUAUUGUAUGGACAGAAGACAGCGAGCCAAAGAUCGACUACGUCGGACGUAUUAAUUCAGACCAAGUCAAGCUGAAUGGCAGACGAGUGGAACUUCCCGAGAUUGAGAACGUCCUUUCCCGUGCUGAAGCAGCUGCUCAAGUAGCAGUACUUUUCUUCAAGUCAGGAUUGGUGGCCUUUAUAAUGCCAUGGAGUGGUGAUGCGAAGAAGAGUGACACUGCGAUCGAGGAUGAGUGCCGUGCUAUUUCAGAGCGAUUCCUCCCGACAUGGAUGCAGCCAAAGCAGUAUUUUAUUAUGGACAAGCUUCCUUAUUCCGUCAAUGGAAAAGUAGAUCGCAAAGGUCUUCAGGCCAUCCUGACUCAGAAUGAAGACUCCACUACCGCGUUGACAUCAACGGUUCUUUCGAACGGAAAAGCCAUCCACGGUUCGGUGACGAAAUCGGCCUUGCAGAAUGGGGAUAAUCUUCAUAAAGCUACAGACUACAAAUAUGAGGAUGCGCCACUCAAGGACACGAAGUCCAUCGUCUACGAAGCUCUCUAUGAUACUCUAGGAUGCGAGGUUCACGGAUUAGCCACUCUCACCGAAUUGGGCAUUGACAGCUUACGUGCUCUGGUCUUCCUACAAAAUCUUCAGGACUACGACAUUGAGAAAGUAGAGAUUCGCGACGUUCUCUUCUCAACAACCGUGGAUAACCUCAUCACCAUGGUUGAGAACCGACGAUCAGGUAUCAUGGAGACGCUAAACGUGACCAACGGUAAGGUUACAGAAUCAGUCGACCCUCAUAACAAGGAAGAACACAAAUUCGACACACUUCUCAGCCCUCUGAUCGAUAGUAUUGACGUCAGCAAGAUUGCGGCCGAUAACGAUGAUGAAAUCUAUGAAUUGUCUGUACCGGCCAAACUCCGCCACUUUGAGUAUCAUUGUCGCGCCGCCGCUGUUGCAGAUCUGAAGUUAGAAAACAGCCAAGUCGAGCAAGUGUUACCCGCAACCAACGUCCAGACGAGAUUCUUAGCCGCAGCCAUUGACCCUGAGUACUUUGACAAGACACGCCUUAUCGGAAGACCAUAUGUGACACAUUUUCCUUACUCGCUGCCUAGCGACAUGGACCCGGCACGAUUCCAGCGUGCCGUUGAAAUGGUCCUUCCUCGGUAUGAUUGUUUCCGUGCCGUCUUCGUCCCGGCUGUACAUAGUCUAUCACCUUUCGCCCAAGUAAUCCUUUCAUCUGCCGCAACGAAGAUUCCCAAGGUAGAGAUCAUCUGUGACGAUUCAGAUGCAAACUCUCCCGAGAGUCUGUGGCGAGAAACGAUCAACGCAGCACAGUUGGCCGCCGAAGCAGCAAUGACUAUCGAUCGCCCCGGUAUCACCGUAUCGUGGGUCUGGUCCCCCAAUCGUGCCCGCUGUGUGUUCAUCUUGACCCUAUUCCAUGCCAACUACGAUGGCACGCAAAUGGGAUACAUGUUUGACGCCAUUCUCGCCGAGUACGAAAACCCCGGCUGUAACCCACCCGUGGACCUCCUCCCUAUGUAUCGCGCAGUAGAACUCAAUCUCAGCUACGACUGGGUAUCCACCGUCGUCUUCUGGGCCGGAAAACUCGCCGGUGUCCCAGGAAGUAAACUCGGAUCCCAAAAACCUUCACCACAAACUCUUCUCCAAGGCUCAAGGCCCGGUUGCAACAUGACACACAUGCGCAGCCUAAGCGUCAAAGCCAGCAUGACGAUGCGAGAACUUUCCCAAUCCGCAGUCGCCAUGUCAAACACGUUGCUCACAAUCGUAGAAGCAGCAUGGGCAAGUGUCCUCGCUCAAACCUUCUCUUCCGAGCAACGCUCUCAACCCCUUGAUAUCCAAUUCGGCACCGUACUCAACGGACGUCGUCAUCAAGAUUCCUUACGCUGCAUGGCACCGAUGGUAGCAGCUCUGCCCCUCCGUCUCCUCCUCUCCCAACACUCCCCACCCCUCACCAACCGCCAAGUCUGUACCCUCCUCUCAACCCAACGACAGGAAGCUCAACCUUAUCUCCAAAUGCCAUGCCCCUCUCUCGCCCACGCACGUAUGGGAACUUCUCGUUUUGAUACCAUCCUCCUCGUCCAAGCCCUCGCCCCCUCUACCCAAUCCCCCUCAUACUCCACCAAAAAAGAAAAAGGAGCCUUGAGAGAACUCCCCGGUUUCAACUACGAAGAGAAUUUAAUGGCACCCUAUAAAGAAAUCGACAUCGGGUUCCCAGUCGCAACGGAACUAUGGCCUGGAAAAGGAAGUUGGGAUGAGAAGAUGUUGAUUAGGUGUGCGUAUAGUACGGCCCAGUAUGAUUUCUUAGAUGAGGAUUGGGUAUUGGCGGCGCUUUCGGCGUUGGAUGAGGCUGUUGUGAGGAUUACUAGCGAGCCGGAUGGCGCCUUCUUUAUAGGUUAAAUUUGGGAGAAAUUGAAAGGCGUAAAGAGAGGUGGUGGAAAGGACUAAGGGUAGAAAUAGUUGUAAAGAGGAAAGAGGAGAGGUGUAUGUUUAGUAGUAGUGAUGAUAAUGAUGAUGAUAACUAUUAUUUCUGUCCUGUAGAAUCUCCUGAAAGGUAUAUAGAUAUACUAAGCUAGUGUUUUAUAUAUAAUAAUACUCUCGAAAAUA